AUCAAAACUUCUUCUCCUACUUCCCCUUCUUUUUCAACCCUUUGUUCUCCCUUUUUAAUCCUCCUCAUUCCCCAAUCGCCGCCUGCCUGGCUAUUUUUCCUUCCUCCCCCUUCUCUCUCCGGAGGUCCUUCUACUUCUUGUCAUUCCUUCCCAAGUCUUUGCUCGAGCACCUUCACGUGUCCUCCGCCGUCGCCGGCUUCUGUCCUGUCGCGUCCUACCACAACGUCAGACAGAACUGCCUCGAGAAUCAGCCACGUCGACACGUCACUUGGCGCCUUUGUUCUGUAAUUAAAGAGCUUGUUGGUCACCCAUUCGAGUCGGUUCAGCCUUCAGAUCGCCCAUCAUGUCUUCGUCUCCCGCAACCUUUUACGAGCAGCUUCCUCUGCCUACCAUCGACCGACCCUUCGGCAUCCACCUAUGGCCCAUCUUCGACAAGGCAUGGACUGCCGUCAUGGGCUAUUCGGUCAACGACUUCAAGUUCGUGCCCUAUGAGACGCCCAUGUCGACCCUCAAGUCCACCUCGAUCUUCAUCGUCAUCUACUACGCCAUCAUCUUCGGUGGUCGCGAGUUCAUGCGCAACCGUGAGCCCUACAAGCUCAAGGGUCUCUUCCUCAUCCACAACUUCUACUUGACCGCCAUCAGCGGUAUCCUCCUGGCUCUCUUCAUUGAGCAGCUUCUCCCCACUGUUGUUCGCGGCGGCAUCUUCCAUGCCAUCUGUGAUGCUGAGGGUGGCUGGACUCAGCCCCUGGUUGUCCUGUACUAUCUCAACUACCUCACCAAGUACCUCGAACUCCUCGACACCGUCUUCCUGUUCCUCAAGAAGAAGCCUCUGACCUUCCUCCACUGCUAUCACCAUGGUGCUACCGCUUUCCUCUGCUACACUCAGCUCAUGGGCUCUACCUCGGUCUCUUGGGUCGUCAUCUGCCUGAACCUCACCGUUCACGUCGUCAUGUACUGGUACUACUUCCAGAGUGCCCGUGGUAUCCGCUGCUGGUGGAAGGAGUGGGUUACCCGCCUCCAGAUCAUCCAGUUCGUCAUUGAUCUCGGCUUCGUCUACUUCGCCUCGUACACCUACUUCACCUCGACCUACUGGCCCUGGGUGCCCAACGCUGGCAAGUGCGCUGGUGAGGAGUUCGCUGCCUUUGCUGGUAUCAUCACCCUCAGCUCCUACCUGGUCCUCUUCAUCUCCUUCUACUUCGCCACGUACAAGAAGCAGGGCAAGGCGCCUAGCGGUCGCCAGAGCCUUCGACGCAUGUCCCAGGCUCCCCUUCCCGACCCUCACCUGGUCCAGACCACCCCCGUCAAGGGCAAGUCGAACGGUGCCACCACUACCGGCUCCAGGACCAACGGUGCCACCACCCGAUCUCGCAAGGCUUAAACGGUGUCGGACGACACUGUCAAGCCUGGCGCGCCGUCGUAGCAGGAGGACUUCCCAGGUCUCUAAUCCCUGUUGGUUCUUGAGGGUAUAGCUGCGGCGUGCGGUACGAAAAACCAGAGGCAAUCUGCAUUGGAGUUGGAUCCGGAUCGAUCUCGGCGACACCGACAUAUAUAAAACAGUUGUUUGGAGAUUUCGUUUUUACCGAAUUGGGCAUCUCGGCUCCAUUGACUUGAGGGCUGGGAUCCGCCACGAGUAAUAUUGUCUUUAUGGGCAGUCAUAAUGAUGGAGGGUGUUGAUGAGGCUUCUCAUGGAUUUUGUGUUUACCGGGCGAACAUGGGGCAUAUUUGGCAGGGCGGGCAUGGUUAUUGGGACGACAGUCUCGGCCGACGUUGCGACCAGCAGCAGUCGGCCCCAGGCUACGACGAUCUACCUAGAACCCUUGUAAUCACUCUUCGCGGGUCAUGUAUGAUAGAUAUUUUGGAUGGUCCCUUUGGGACUGCCAACAGGGGGUGUGAUAGAUGAUGCUAAUUGAUGUAUAAGUCC